AUGUCAUCAUUCUCAUCAGUCACCAGGACUGCUAAAUUAGCAACUCAAUCUUUGAAAUAUACUACCAGACCAUCAUUGGCUACAAUUGGUCAAUUUCAAACAUCAAAAAUCAUUUAUCGUGCCAAUUCCACACAAUCAACUCCUGUUCAAGAAAUCACUGUCAGAGAUGCUCUUAACCAAGCCUUAUCUGAAGAAUUAGACAGAGAUGAAGAUGUUUUCCUUAUGGGUGAAGAAGUUGCCCAAUAUAAUGGUGCUUAUAAAGUCAGUAGAGGAUUAUUGGACAAAUUUGGUGAAAAAAGAGUUAUUGAUACUCCAAUUACUGAAAUGGGAUUCACAGGAUUAGCUGUUGGUGCUGCUUUACAUGGUCUUAAACCAGUUUUGGAAUUUAUGACUUGGAAUUUUGCCAUGCAAGGUAUUGAUCAUAUUUUGAAUUCUGCUGCUAAAACUCUUUAUAUGUCUGGUGGUAAACAACCAUGUAAUAUAACUUUCCGUGGUCCAAAUGGUGCUGCUGCUGGGGUUGCUGCUCAACAUUCUCAAUGUUAUGCUGCAUGGUAUGGUUCAAUUCCUGGUUUAAAAGUUUUAUCUCCAUAUUCUGCUGAAGAUUAUAAAGGUUUACUUAAAGCUGCCAUCAGAGAUCCAAAUCCAGUUGUUUUCUUGGAAAAUGAAAUUGCUUAUGGUGAAACUUUCCAAGUUUCUAAAGAAUUCUCAUCUCCAGAUUUUAUUUUACCAAUUGGUAAAGCUAAAAUUGAAAAAGAAGGUACUGAUUUAACUAUUGUUGGUCAUAGUCGUGCCCUUAAAUUUGCCAUUGAAGCUGCAGAAAUUUUGGAAAAAGAUUUUGGAAUUAAAGCUGAAGUACUUAACUUGAGAUCAAUUAAACCAUUGGAUGUUCCAGCUAUUGUUGAUUCCGUCAAGAAAACUAAUCAUUUGGUCACCGUUGAAAAUGGGUUCCCAGGUUUUGGUGUUGGUUCAGAAAUUUGUGCUCAAAUCAUGGAAAGCGAAGCCUUUGAUUAUUUGGAUGCUCCAGUUGAAAGAGUUACUGGUUGUGAAGUUCCAACUCCAUAUGCUAAAGAAUUGGAAGAUUUUGCCUUCCCAGACACUGAAGUUAUCUUGAGAGCUUGUAAAAAAGUAUUAAGUUUGUAA